AUGGCCGGAAUUCAAUUAAAUAAAUGUUUAGCAUUUUUUAUAAGUCCGGCUUUAAUAACCAUUUUUGUUGAUCAAAUUAAAAAUAAAAAAGAAUGGAAUUAUAUUUUUGUAUUAUUUUCUGUUUUAAGUUUUUUGGCAAAUAUAUUAUUUUGUAUUGUGGCUACAGAUAAACCUCAAAAAUUCACAUAUACAUUAGAAAACUGA